GUACAGCAAUGCAGUCAUGUGAUGGCCACAGAAAGAAUGCCAACAUGGAACUGUGGCAAGGACGGGAUCCCUUUCUGCAAAAAUAAGACGGUGAAAAACUUCGAGGACGGUGCAUUUCGAAAGGUUUUAAUAUAGUUAAUGAUUAUCGACGGUGUAGUGAGAAGCGUGGUUCUCCUGUGUGUCUGGACUGUAUCUGGACUGUAUCAAUGGUGUCGUUAAGCAGCAGAGCGCUGGUCUCUGAUAAUGACCUCUUUAGGGACAGUGUUAGCCUGGUCUCCCUGGGGCUUGUAGAGGGAGAGGGCAGUGAGGGGGGGAGCGAGGGGGGUAGCUUUACUUCCUGUUACAGCCCCGAGGCCGGGGACAUUGGGGCUCGACUCAGCUUCAGCCCUGGAGAGGAGGAGGAUGACGAAGAGGAAGGGGGCCUGCUCCGACUCUAUCUGACCCCCACAGAGGGUCUGCCUGACUUCAGCCCCCGCCUGCCCUCACCCUUCUCUCCCACCAUGGAGGACAUCGAGGAGUUCCUCAGGGAGAAGAUGGAGAGAGAGGGGGUUCUCUUCUCUAGUGAACCCAUAGAGGAGCCAGCUCCCUCCCCUUCCAGCUCCAUGGAACAACCCCUCUCCUCCUCAGGGGGACACAGUGAGCCAGGGACCAGCAAUGCCGCAUCACCCCCCACCCCACAAACCCCCAACACCCCUCACACCCCAAGCCCAUCCCCCCUCACCCCCUCAGUGCUCCUGGGAGCACCCCUGGUUUUCCAUGUCCAGUCCUUUCCUCUGGCCCAGCCUCACCCCCAGACAGGCUCUCCUCCUGGUGCAUCCAGUGGGCUGAGAUUGGCCCACCUGGUUCUGGGACUCCACGGAGGGCAGAACGUUACCCUGCUGGCCUCACAGGUGCCCUCCACCUCAGCCACCCUUCUCAACAUAGCCAGCACGGAUGCUCCAGACCAGAAGUACGUGAAGAUUGCCCCUCUACCGAUCACUGUGAGGGUUGCCGGGGGGCUUGUUGGGGCAACAGUCAUUGGGGGUCACAGUGGAGGGGUUGUGGUCAAAGCUGUGACCCCCCCUAGGGUCAACAGACCCCCUCCUAAAGAGACACUAAGGGUACACAAAUGUUCUCACCCGGGCUGUGAGAAGAUGUACACCAAGAGCAGCCAUCUGAAGGCCCACUUCCGCAGACACACCGGAGAAAAGCCAUACACCUGCAGCUGGCCUGACUGUGUCUGGAGGUUCUCUCGUUCUGAUGAGCUGUCUCGUCACCGGCGCUCCCACUCCGGGGUCAAGCCCUACGAGUGCUCUCUGUGUGAGAAGAAGUUUGCCCGCAGUGACCACCUCUCCAAACACACCAAGGUGCACCGCAGCCCCCGGCCUGGCAGAAUCGUCAGAACUACCGUCUGACCCAGCCAGCAUCUCAACACAGCAAACCCAGCUCAGCCCAAUCGUGAUCCUGAUGCCACCCUUAACCCCGUUGCAGCAUAAUUCUGGACGGCAGAAUUAUUAAUACCUGCCUCUAGAAUUCAGAGCAGCCUGGUCCCAGCCCAGUCCAACCUCAACCCGACCACAGGCUGACAGACUAAUCAGACUCAUCCACUCAGCCCUUCUGCGGGAAGGCCCCGUUAGGGAGUCUGAGUCCUCAUUAGGACACUGGUGCUACAGGAGCAGACCUGGACCAGAACUUAAGAGUAGGGUUCUGAAUCUGAUUCAGACCCUGCUGGCCUCUGCCCUCUUUACCCUCUCCUCCCUCCUGCAGCAGAGCAGAUGAGGGCUUGUCCUGGUGCUAGACAGUGAACUAACAGGUAACGGCCAUCUCAGGGAUGUGAUUGUUCAGCUUAAAGCGGAUUUCAGGCCUUUAGGUUAAAUCACAUCCCCCUGCCACACACACACCUCGUUACCCUUAGCAGAUGACAAGCGUGACAGGCAGCUGCACAAGGUCUAAGUCUCAGAAGAUAAUGUUGUAUAUGUCAUUAGAUUGUGUUUAAAAGACUAUACUGUCACACAUUCUAUUCUACAUAUUAUAUUGCUCUGUGAAUCUGCUUUAGGAGUUAGACCCUCAAGACAGUUUUAGAGGUAAAUGCACUGGCCCAGCUCAUUCUAGCCCAUAAUCUGUGCUAUUAGCCCAGUUGAAAUUUGAAAGUACUGUGUUGAUAUGUGAGCUGCCAGAUUCUCUCAGAGAACAGGUUUGAGUCUAAAUCUCUUACAUAUCCCCUCCUGCUCCCCAUAGUGCCACACCUCUGGCCCAAUCACAUCCCUCCUUGACCCUAACGGCCAAUCCAGUACUGUUAUCACCGCUUCCCUGACCUCAUGCCUCUUUCCACUCCCUAAAAGACGUCAGGGCUGCAGACUAGUGUCUGCUGGUUUUCACCAUGGUGCUUUACUGGUCCAUUAUGUAAUAACUGGUUAGUUAAGAGUCCACUCACACCCACCUGGUUUCCCAGGUUUGCGUCAGAUGCUGAUUGAAGGCAAGUAACUGAGUGAAAACCAGCAGACACCGCGGCCCACCUGGUCCAUGCUCUUAAACCUAUAAGCUCUUUUACAUUCUUUAUGUCUUUGAAAUCAAUGUUAAACUGACAAAAGAGACUCGGCGAAAGCUGCUUAUGUGUAUACUGUAUGUUUUAUACAUUGUCUUUUCAAUGCAAAGCAAUCCGAUAUGAAGAAGUGCUUAGUCAUUUACAGUAGUAAAGGUUAGUAUGUUAGGCCAGCAAGCAAAGCUAGUCAUUUAUAGUGUACAGUACUGUACCUGAAAAGGGCAGCUGAUCGUUGUCCAAUCUGUAUCUGUGAAAUAUAACAUUUACAUGUACAGAACAUAUAGAAGCUCCUAUCCAGAGAAACCCUUAGUCAGUACAUUAAGCUAUCCAGUGGUGUCUGUGCUUGGUGAAACUGUGGAAUGUUAUUGGGGGGUCAUCAGAUCAGCCAGACGGGGGUUAAUUCUGAGACCCACUCUUCCAUUAAUGAGUUAUCCCAUCACACCCCAUCAAGAUGAGCCCUCUGUUCUCAAGUGCACUUAUGUUAGCAGGUCCAGCAGGAGAGGGUUAAGCAUGGAGAAAAGUUAUAGGUAGCCCAACGGCUAAGGAAUUGGACCUGUUGCUGAAAGGUAUCUGGUUCAAAUCCUGGGGCGGGCACUGGAAAAAUAGGUGUGAAUUGAUCUGGCAACUGAAGGGCUACUGUUCUUGUACUGUUGGGCCCUUAACCCCACAGCAUGCUCUUCAUCCAGGGGCCCUGCACUGCAGCUUGAUCCUGUGCUAGUCUCAAAUCAAAUGUUAUUUGUCACAUACACAUGGUUAGCAGAUGUUAAUGCGAGUGUAGCGAAAUGCUUGUGCUUCUAGUUCCGAUAAUACAGUAAUAACCAACGAGUAAUCUAACCUAACAAUUUCACAACAACUACCUUAUACACACAAGUCUCAACUGUGUGUGAUGUGUGCUGUAAGACAUUGACAAUAAAGUUGUUUUCUAAAUGCUAUGCCAAGGACUGGAGGGCUCUGCUACGAGUAUGUAAGCUGUAUCUCUGGAUUUGAGUGUAAAAGGUGCUUUUUCAACAGGCUACUGCACUUAGGAAACCAUAUAGAGAAAACAACAGACUUUUCAGGGUAGCAGUUUUGGCCCAUAUUCCUUGAGAGAAACCAGAGUGGGUACAUGCGCUUUAAACCCACUUAUAUUGUACUCAAAUUUGCAAUCCAUCACUCACAUUUGCCAUCCAUCACAGUGAUUCAGAACUUAUGAUGAGCCAAACUGUUUUUUAAACACAUUUUCUUGCGUGUUGAAUUUGGAUGGGUAAACUCAGAAAGGACCACCACAUCAGUAUCACUGGCAAUCAUCAUCAUUAAAUGGUAUCUUGCCAUUACAGAAACAGUUUGUUGUUUUUUAAGAUUGUUUGUGUAUUUCUUUCUUUGGACAUGACUCGUUUGAUUAGAUCACGACCACAUCAACCCACCGAGACAGACGUCUGACCCAGCUGUGUGUCCAUGACUGAUCUGGUCCCUCUGAUUCAGUCCUAUUGUAAAUAUUCCCCUUUCUGCCUUACUUUCAACCUUAGGUCGCUCUCUCCCAGUAACUUUAUCUAACUACUGUAAUAAUUCAGUUCUGCUGAAAUACACGUUAAAAAAAAAUUGACUACCAGA